AUCCUCGUCAUCAUCGUCAAUCGGUCGGUGACGUCACGUCCUGAUGGAGCUCAGAGGGCCUGUGAGGCUCCUCCCUGUCCCGCUGACAUCAGCCGCAGCUCGGCUUCUCUCCUCCAGGAGGAGCCGCUGGAUCCGCUCACUCUCGGCCGGGCAGCUCGACGCGAAGUACGGCACCGCGGCUCCGCUCUCACCGCUCCGUUCAUGGGACUCACGGAGGUCCGUGCUCCGCCAGAGACAACGUCGUCCAUGAUCAGUCAGAGACUAAAGCUGCUGCGGUCUCUGUCUGUGGUGAGGACCACCCAGAGUUUACGCCUGACCUCUCCUGACCUCUCUCCUCCCACUCCUGUAAAUAAAUGACAUCCAGACGUGGAGGCUGCAGAGCGCGCUCACACGAGUCCAACCAACACGAACCAUGGGACGGGAUCCUGAAUAAUUGUUGGACUGCACCUUUACAGAUGACGGGAGGCCGCCGCUGACGUCACUCACUGCUGUAGCCUGAACACAACCACGCCUCCGACAUGGCCGCCCAUCGAAUCCGGGCCACCGCCAACAACAACAACGUCUCUCUGCCUCGCUGCAGGUCCGAGGGAACGCUCAUCGACCUCGGCGAGGGCGUGUCGGAGGCCACGCUCACCGAGGUCAAAGUGCCUUCUCCCAGUACCUUACGACUCGACGCCACAGCCUCAUUUGGAGCCGCCAGGGAAGUCAUCGCCAUCAAGGACUACUGUCCGUCCAGCUUCACCACGCUGAAGUUCUCCAAAGGCGACCGCCUCUACGUUCUGGACUCGUCAGGCUCCGAGUGGUGGUACGCCCACAACAACACGGAGAUGGGCUACAUCCCCGCGGCGUACGUUCAGCCCAUCAACUUCAGAGACUCGUCCCUCAGUGACAGCGGGAUGAUCGAUACAGUCGGAGAUUGCAACGAGGAGGCGGCCAAAGAACUGGAUCUUUUAGGGGAGUGGGCUGGAGUGAUCCUGAAACCAACUUCCUACCAAAAUGGAAACCCCUUUGCAGGAACCCAUACCUCAACAAACCCUUUCCUGAACGGUGUUCCUCAGAGCUCACUCGAUCAGAACAGUAAUGAGAAACCGGUCGACCUCCUCCUGUUUGACUCGCUCACUCCAGCAGCGUCCGACUCCGCCAGCAGCUCUGCCGACAUCAACGGCUUCAGCAGUAGCGCUUAUAACCUGAACCCUCUCAGUCCCUUGGACGGCGUGGGUCAAACAUUGCGCAGGGACAACCCCUUUUUCAGAAGCAAGCGGUCCUACAGUCUGUCGGAGUUGUCCAUCCUGCAGGCUCAGUCCGACACCCCUCAGGUCUCUUCCGGUUUCUUUGGAGGCCUGAAAGCGCCAGCGCCAGAGCAGUUCCAGAGCAGGGAGGACUUCAGGACAGCAUGGCUCACUCACCGCAAGCUGGCUAGGUCCUGCCAUGACUUGGACUCCUUGGGUCAGAGUCCAGGCUGGGGCCAGACGCAGCCGGUGGAGACCAACAUCGUCUGUCGUCUGGACGGCUCAGGGGGAGCCGUCCAGCUCCCAGACACUAACAUCAGCAUCCACGUCCCCGAGGGCCACGUGGGUCCAGGAGACACACAGCAGAUCUCUCUCAAAGCUCUGCUCGACCCACCGCUGGAGCUGAACAAUGACCGCUGCACCACCGUCAGCCCCGUGGUGGAGAUCAAGCUCAGCAACAUGGAGACUAAAACCACGGUUACCCUGGAGAUGAAAGUUUCUGUGGUGGUGAAAACAGAGAACAGAGCGACAUCAGAGGUGUUGUGUGUCAGGAGCGACUGUAAGGAAGGUCCGUACACUCCCGUUCCUCAGGCCUACAUGUACGGGGACACAGUCCAGGUGUGUCUGGACAACCUGGAGCCCUGCAUGUACGUGUGCGUCGUGGCUCAGUCCCAGUCCCAUUCUGUUUCUCCACAGUCCACUGUUUGGGAGCAGGUGGUGAAGAAGAUAACUUUAGGAGUGUAUGGUCCGAAACAUAUUCACCCAUCCUUCAAGACCGUGGUCGCCAUAUUUGGUCACGAAUGUGCCCCAAAGACACUGUUGGUGAAUGAGGUUGGUAAACAGGCGCAGGCAGCUCCACCGGUGGCUCUGCAGCUCUGGGGCAAAUACCAGUUUGUCUUGUCCAGACCGCAGGACCUUCGGGUUGGCGUUUACUCCAACAUGGCCAACUAUGAGGUCAAGAUUAAUGAGCAGGCCAGAGUGGUGCGGGGCUUCCAGGUUAAACUCGGCAAAGUCAGCAGGCUCGUCUACGUCAUCUCCUCACGCAACUCGGAAGACAUUUCAGAUUUCACCUUAAGGAUCCAGGUCAAAGACGACCAGGACUGCAUCCUGGCUCAGUUUUGUGUCCAGACGCCAACACCGCCGCCCAAAUCCGGUCCAAAGACAUCGGUGCAGCGGCGCUUCCUGAAGAAGAAGGAAGUUGGUAAGAUAGUCCUCUCUCCUCUCGCUGUCGCCACUAAGUACCCUGUUUUCCAGGACAGGAGGAUUAACAACCUGAAGUUUGGAAAACUGAUAAAAACUGUGAUCCGGCAAACAAAAAACCAGUACCUGCUCGAGUACAGAAAAGGAGACUUUGUAGCUCUGCUGAGCGAAGAGAAGAUCAAGCUGAAGGGACAGCUGUGGACAAAGGAAUGGUACAUUGGAUGUUACCAGGGCCGAAUGGGACUCGUCCACGCUAAGAACGUGCUAGUGGUCGGUAAGGUCAAACCCAUUUACUUCAGUGGGCCGGAACUCACCACUUCAGUGUUGCUGGAGCAAAUACUGAAGCCCUGUAAGUUCCUGACGUACAUCUACGCCUCCGUGAGAACGAUACUGAUGGAGAACAUCGGUGACUGGCGAGCGUUCGCAGACGCCCUCGGAUACGUCAACCUGCCGCUGACGCACUUCUGUCGCGCGGAGCUGGACAGUGAACCGGAGAGGGUGGCGUCGGUGCUGGAGAAGCUCAAAGAGGACUGCAACAACGCCGAGAGCAAGGAGCGCAAAUCCUUCCAGAAGGAACUCCUGACGGUGAGUUACAGUCUCCAUCUUGUCCUCUCCCUUGUGUCCUCUUCUGUCCUCUGAUAUGAGGACAUCUCAGGACUGAGGCUGACUUUUGGUGUCCAGUCAGUGACUCAUCGGGACCUUUUGUGUUCAGAUGAUAAGAAUUUAAAUUGUUAUUAAAUGACUGUGAUUAGCAGAAUCACAAAGGCUUCAAUCUGCAAGUAUUUUUCCCUGGUUCUGGUUUCAAUUUGUUGCCAAUUAAAACAAUAGAGAGAGCUGACAUCAUGUAACCAUGGUAACAGCAUUUUUGGUAGCCCAUGCCCGAAUUACAGAGAUCUGGGCUUGUAACGGGUGGGUUGCCAGUUUGGAAUCCCCAGGUAAGGGGCUGGAGAACCCUCUCAGCAAGAUCCCCAAUCCACAUUGCUCACUGUUAAUUGGACUCUAAAUUGACCACAGCCACUGGAGGGCGCACAUCCAGUCCUGGCCCUAGUCCUGUUUCCAAGCCUGGAUGAAUGGGAGUGAGGGGUGUGUCAGGAAGUAAAAUCUCUGCCAAUCAAAUCAGGGCAGUUUAUCGCCCCCUACAGAGCGAGAAACA